AGGAAGAAGACACCUUGACAUUUGACAGUUAAGCUGAUUUGGKCGAACAGUAUAGAACUCAUUUUUGUCGAUUUUUUCUUCAAAAGAAGUAUUUACUGAAAAUUAAAAAUGUUGUCAAGAACCGCUUUACUUUCAGUUCAACGUCCUUUGGGUGUCCUAGCUAUGAGAUCAGCUAGUGCGGCCGGUUCAGGUGAUCAAGUUGCUCGCCGAGAGCGUCCGGAACAUCCUGGCAAAGUUCGUUUAGGUUUCAUUCCAGAAGAGUGGUUCCAGUUUUUCUACAAUAAAACUGGUGUCACUGGCCCAUAUACUUUUGGUGUUGGUCUGCUUACUUACCUAUGUUCCAAGGAAAUUUACGUCAUGGAGCAUGAAUACUACAGCGGCUUGUCUCUGGCCAUUAUGGCAAUCGUUGCUGUAAAGAAACUUGGACCUACUGUCGCUGCUUGGACAGAUAAAGAAAUCGACAGAAUCGAAAAUGAAUGGAAAUCUGGCCGAGAGGAGGAACUCCAAAAUCUUGCUGAUGCUAUCGAAGCCGAAAAGAAGGAACAAUGGCGCGCUGAAGGUGCUUUAUUGCUUAUGGAUGCCAAAAAAGAAAACAUAGCAUUACAAUUGGAAGCUGCAUUCCGCGAACGCGCUAUGAAUGUCUACACUGAGGUAAAACGCCGUUUAGAUUACCAAGUGGAAUGCCGUCAUAUUGAACGCCGUAUUAACCAAAAACACAUGGUGAACUGGAUUGUAAACAAUGUUCUCGGUUCAAUCACUCCUCAGCAAGAGAAGGAAACUCUUGACAAAUGCAUUGCUGAUUUAAGCGCUCUUGCUGUUCGCGCCAAAUAGAUUACUUGUUUAUAAUUUAAAAUAUAUUUUGAAAGAAAAACGAAUGUAUAAUUUAAUAUUUAAAUUGUAAAGAAUGAA